UCUUAUGCGUUCGGAUGGUAGACACCAAACAGGUGAAUUUCACAGGCAAGGUCGGGAGUAGCAACGUGUCAUUACGUCACGGAAAACCUCGCUGGCGGCACCCACACCGCCCUCCGCGCUCACCUUCAAAAGUCCACGCCCUCACGUAUAUAAGGCACCGCCGCAGUAACGCUUUCAGUGCACUCACUCACUUCCUUAUCAGCAACACAUCCACAGCAGCUAUGAAGAAGGUCAUUCUUUCCUGUCUCGUAGUGGCCGCCUUGGCUCGGCCUGACAAGCCUGCCCCUGCAGGGUACGGCUACCCAGCCCCCGCCAAUCCAUUAACUUACAGGCCUCCUCAGCCUGCAUACUCUGCCCCCGCUCCUGCUUACCAGGCUCCCGAGCCAGUGUAUUCCGCCCCUGCCCCUUCUUAUAAUACUCCAGAACCAGUGUAUUCAGUUCCUGCCCCUGCCUACAAAGGCUCCUGCUCCAGCCUACAAAGCUCCUGAGGCUGCCUACAAGUACCCUGAGCCAACCUAUGAAGCUCCUGCCCCAGCCUACAAAGCUCCUGAGCCAUCAUACUCAGCUCCUGCUCCCGCCUAUAAAGCCCCGUCUUACGAGAUACAGCGCGCCCCACAGCUAAGCUUCCCUUCUAGUGCACUGGCCGUAUAUAAGGACGAAAAUAUUUAUAUGACAUUUCAAAUAAAAUAAACCUGUGGAAACAUGA